UUUCUGAACGCUGAACUGCACGAUAGAUGCGGCUCCAACAACAACUUCAAAUUAUCAUUUAUAACAUUUUUUACUCCAUUCGAUUAGUAAAUAUCCAGCCAGCAUCAAACAUAAUCACAGGCUUUAUCUUUGAAGCUUUUAAUUCUGAUAAAAGUCGAGCAGUUGAGCGGCAAAAUGAGUCUUCAGUCGAUCGAUUCGGAGGAGCAGCUCAAUCAGUCAUUGCAGGCAUCAGACAGAGCUGUUAUUUACUUCUGUGAAGAAUGGGAGACCAACUACGCAUCUCUCUCUGCUAGCGUUGAGACUGCAGCUAAAUCUUUCAAAGACGUGACCUUUUUCAAAGUUCUCGCUGAAAAGUCUCCAAAAAUAGCUCUAAAAUAUGAUGUGAAGGAAGUUCCCACGUUCAUCAUCUUUCAAAGUGGAAUUGAAGUUGAUCGAGUGAGAAUGGAGCAAACAUUGCUGAACUCUCCGUCAAGCUUUAAAUUUACUUACCCAUACAAAUCCAGUACUAAAGGAAAUGAAUUUUACAAAGAAUUGGUGAACAAAGCUCCAGUGCUGCUUUUUAUGAAAGGAGAUCCCAAAGAACCCAGAUGUGGCUUCAGUCGUCAAAUAGUGGCAAUACUUGAUGGCAUCUGUGCAAAUUAUUCCACAUUCGAUAUUCUGAAGGACGAAGAUGUACGCCAGGGCCUUAAGACUUUCGCCGAGUGGCCAACCUACCCUCAGCUUUGGGUGAAGGGAGAACUGAUAGGAGGCUUGGAUAUUGUCCGAGAGAUGCUUGAGAGCGGAGAGCUUCAGGAAGCUGUCAAGGUUUAAAUUAAUUGGGAAAAUGAUUGGAUAAUUUGGAUCCCUGUUGCUCCUGCCCUGUCAGUAACAUUGGGAUAUUUCAAAUGAAGGAUAUUGAACAAAUAAUAAAGAUGGAAAUUGUAAAACAAAAGU